CUACGUGCUAUGAAGGCAAAGUUUGAGACCGUGGAGAUGGAGAAGGAACAAUCCGAUCGCAAGAUUGUGGAUCUACAAAAGCAGAUUGAACAUUUGGAAGACCGGGCUCAGGAUGAGAGAACAAAGUUCGAGAACCUGAAGAAGGAGCAUGACAACAUCAUCGCUGAGUUGUUAUAA